AUGCAGCACGGCGAUUAUAGAGCGACUGGGCGACGGCAUGGGACUGGAAAGCUGAGAGCUGCGUCCGAGGAACAACGUAAAGUGUUGAACAAGAUCCCCGGGAGCUAUGAAUCGGCCGGAAACCGAACCAAGCCAGCUCCAGAGCUGCCGUCCCUGACUGGGCAUGGCGUUCUAUCUGAGAGAUCAGAAUUCGCACCCUCCUUGCCAGAAGAUGUCUCGAUUCCAGGCUCGGGCCAACAGGCACAGACAAACGAUCCGAACAGUCCUUCCGCAGGGAGUCUAGAGACAAUAUUUGGUUCGGACGCCUUGAUUGCGCGAACACUGGGCACUGGAUGUUCAACCCCUUCUGCGCCAGCAUUACAAGCAGAUACUGCCAAGUAUGGGAUCAAUGCCCAAUCCACAAGAGCUGCCGAACAAGACUAUGCCUCCCGUGGAACCUGGAGAACGCAAGAGCAAAGCAGUGAAGAUUCCAAUGUCAGUAGUCUGUGGGUAAAUGGUAUCAAUGAGCAAAUCCGGCCCCGACUGGACGCUCUCGCGGCAGCCCUCCAGGAAAUUAACAACGAAGUGAGGAAUUGGGAAAUGGGUAAACGCGCGGACAGUGCCGUCAUGCCGCCUCCUCUCCAAGUAUCCAUAACCUCCUUCUUUCGGCAGUGCGACUCCUUCCGGCAAAUGAUGUUGAUCUCCGACAUCGAUGCCACCGGGACGCUAAAUGUUCUUGAGUUAUCUAGAAAGACAGAUCAACCGUUCCAGACUCGGAGAAGCGAGAUCGCUGCAGAAUCCACCUAUGAGCACCCGAUAGAGUACCUCCCCUUCAUGGAAGAGAUUGACGAUAUACGGCAACAACUGAGGGAAGUGAAGUUAGAGCUCCGGCAACUGCAGUUUCAAGGUGAGGAUGAGAACGGUCCAGACCCUAUCGAUGAAAGGGAAGCCCUUGAACUUCGUGAGCAAGAACUCCAGCAUCAACUCGAAUUAGCUAUGGAACGCGUCCGAAAUCCGUAUCCUCGAGAUACCAGCGUCAAGUAUGCCGACAGUGAUUAUUACACGGCUCCAUCAGGUCGAGAACAGUCCGAAAACUCUCUCGUUCCGUCGCAGUCAAGCCCUCUCAUUAGAAAAGAAGUUCAAGCACCCAGCUGGAAGGUUGGUUCAGAAACUAGGUCCGAGCCCAUAAGCGCGUCUACGAUAUCUCGAUAUGACACGGAACCCGCCAAUCAUCAGAUUGUUCCCAAAGAAGGGGCGUCGGUCGGCGAGCUUCGCAGAGAGAAAAGGGCUUAUUUCGAGAGAAAGCAACAUUACGAAAUGCACAUAAGAGACAAGCGUCUUCAGUAUGCACAGAUCAUGAGCGAAGAACCAACGAGAAAGAACGGGAACAUCCCAGUGCCAGAAGAAGACAAACUAUUUCUCAAGAACUUCAGUCAUGAGAUUGAUCUCCUAAUGAAAGAGUGGGAGAGGGUCGACAGGGCAGUCGAGCAAAUUGACGAGAAGUUGAUGGCGUUGCAAAAUCGACCUCCCUGA